AUGUAUAUUUUAAUGUAUCAUUUCCUCAGAGGAGUCAAUCACUUGAAAUGUCUAGAAAUGGCCCUGCAGAUUUUGCCAGUGGAGGUCAAGGCUGAACAUGUACGUGGCUCAGCCAAGUGGGCUACGCCUCCAGCCCAUCACCAGCCAACACCCUUGCUGUGUGUCUGCCAGGCUCAGAGGAAUGGUCAACUCAGGAUGUGCUUUUUACUUCAUUUUGGCGGAGUCGGGGGUGGUGGAGAGGCAUCUGUUGGGAAGGGUGGACAGAGCACCUGUAUCUGGCUAUUAAGAGAAGGUCCUGUUUUGUGGCUGAGACAUGAACACACUUGGUUUCAGGCCCAUACCAGGGCAGAUAUUAAAUGUCAGGAAAGCAUAACAUCACAUCGGCCAGACACAGAGAUGCUAAGAUGGGGACAGCUCUAUGCUACCUGGAAAUCUUAUGUUUUCUGGAGUCAGAUUCCAAAAACACAGAAUUCCAAGGCACAUGCAUGA